GGGUGCUUCUAGGUACACCACGGACACUCUCGUCUGCGACAGUAACCAGCAACCAGUGGCAACUUGUUUUCAACGCUAACUAAGAUUGCUUCGUUCUAUUCUAUCCAUACCCAAAAAUCAUGAUAUUCGUUGAUGGGGUUCCAUUCUCUCGACAUUCAUCCUCGUCAUCUCAGGGAAUGGAAUCGGAUAUUCUACUUGCUUUGUUGGAAAAUCCCAUUCUGUUAUCUGUCUCAAACAGUUUGAAGGCUAACCCGGAGAGGAAGUUCUCAGUGUCUGAAGAGUCUAGUCCAGAGAGACCAAAAUGGGUUUAUAUAUUCCAAAGAGAAUAUGCUACUGUUGACCCGGUAUUUGUCGAUUUUGUUGGCACUGAUGAAGCAACAACGUGUGUUGGCCUUGUUAUUCGGAACCAAAGGAAUGGAAUGACAUCAGUUGCUCAUAUGGAUUCACCAGAAAUUGUAGAAAUGGGCCUCUCUCAAAUGUUAUCACUACUUGUUGAGGGCAGUUUGGAGGCUGAAUUUGAUGUGCAUCUAAUUGGGGGUUAUGAAGAUAUUUCCUUGCAACAUGCUAAUGGUAGCACUGUAUCAGAAAGCCAUACAGAUUUGGAUGGUUAUUCCUUUCCUUUGUGUUCAAAGAUUGUUCACACUUUAUGGGCAAGAGAGGAGAAGUUUCACAUUCAAACUAUCUGUGUUCUUGGACAUAAUACCAGAAGAGAUUCUGAUGGAAAUGCUUUCCCUUUUCUCAAUGGAUUUAUGGUGGAGACUAAAACAGGAAUUGUCAUCCCAGCAAGUUUUGAUAGAAGUUCUAGAUGUCCAGAUGAAAUUGUCAGAAGAAUAAGAGUAUCUACUUCUUAUGAUGAUAGCAGUUGGAACGGGAAGUUACUAGAGACAUAUGAUUCUGUCACUGACCGGUUCAAAAUUGCUCCUUGUCUCUGGACUCUUCGCCAAUAUGAUAUUGCUUUGUCACUACAGCAUUAUUCUGAUUCAGAAAUUCUUUCAAUCUGUUCUACCUCACCUACUGCUGAGGGCCCAGAUUUUGUGGAUAAUUUGAGAAGGAAGUGGAAUUAUUUGAUUGAGCAUCCACACUGGAUAGAAACUUUUCCCAAGAAACAGCCUCGCAUUUUUUCAAGGAGUUCUGAUGGAAGGUGGAGAAGGUGUUGAUGACAGUCUAAGGUUGCUCGGGCAAAUCCUUUUCAAUAAUUAGAUUGUCGUCUUAUUGAAAUGUUCAUCUCAUUAGACGUUUCAUUUGUCUUUUUAGCUAUAAGUUAUCAAAUUGCAGUUAACUGUUUUAGAUUGUUGUCUUAGUAUUUAUUAUUAGAACCAUAACUAAUAUAUUA